AUGCAAUAUGCUCGACUGGGAACUUCAGGGCUGAAAACAUCCCGUAUAAUCCUCGGAUGCAUGGCUUUUGGCAAUCCAAAGUGGGAAGGGUCACCAUGGACACUCUCGGAGGAUGAAAGCAUGAACGUGAUCAAGCGCGCAUGGGAUCUUGGUAUCAACACCUGGGACACGGCGAACACGUACUCGAAUGGCGAGAGCGAGCGGAUCCUCGGUCGCGCGAUGAAGAAAUUCAACAUACCACGUAGCAAAGUCGUCAUCUUGUCGAAGCUUUACUACCCAGUCAUGGACGACGAUUCGAGGCCUCAACCGCCGGAUUCAUACUCGCAGGAAUUAGUUAAUCAGAUGGGACUGAGUAGGAAGCACAUUUUCGAUGCCGUAGACGCAAGCCUGGAGCGGCUUGGGACGAAUUAUAUCGACGUUUUGCAAUUGCACCGACUGGAUCGAGAUACGCCACCCGAAGAGAUCAUGCGUGCUCUUCAUGAUCUGGUGACGAUGGGUAAAGUAAGGUAUAUUGGCGGUUCGUCAAUGUACACAUGGGAAUUUGCGCGGUUACAAUACACGGCAAAGUUGAACGGUUGGACUCCAUUCACAAGCAUGCAGCCUUUCUAUAACUUGCUUUAUAGAGAGGAAGAGAGGGAGAUGAUACCGUUCUGCAAGUCUCAGGGCAUUGGCGUCAUUCCUUGGUCGCCGCUCGCAAGAGGCUUAUUGGGGAGGCCAGUGAACACACAGACAGAGAGGUCGGAGGCAGAUGCUAAAACAAAGAAAUGGUUCGACGAUGCUAAUCCGGAGAUCAUCAAAAAGGUGGAAGAGCUCGCUGGUAAGAAGGGUUGCAGCAUGGCCAGCGUGGCAACUGCAUGGGUUUUGAAGAAGGGGUGCGCACCGAUUGUAGGUUUGACUAGCGUGCGCCGUGUGGAGCAGAUAUUUGAGUCUUUGACGGUCGAGUUAUCGGACGAGGAAUGUCAGUUCUUGGAGCAAGAAUAUCGUCCACGUGCCGUCCAGGCAAUGUGA